AUGAUGAUGAGAGACGGCAAAGACAUUUAUCAGAAGGUGACGAGAUGAUAGCCUUUUUUUUUUUUGAAGAAGGAAGAUGAAAAAAAAAAGAUAUUCGGAGUUCACUUUGAUGAUAAAGAUAUUGACAAUUGUUUGGAAAAUAUACAGCUUGGUGGUCCAAAAAUUACUCAACACUAGUUUCUGGUCAAUUUAAUUUUUGGGAUAUUUUUGGCAUAGCACGUCAUUCAGAAUCUGUUAGGCAAAAAAUUUGCCCUGAAACUGUUUGAAAAUACGAAACUUGGGCGUUUUUGAGAAAUUUUGCUCUGAUGGUUCCGAACCCAGAAUUUUAAUGAUUGAAUUUCAAUCCUUUUUUGGUUUAUAAUUUAUUUUGAAAAAAAAGUUCCCAGUAUGAAAAUGUAAACCUAAAAAUUCCGUAAUCUAUUUAUCUACUCAUUAUCGAUUUCUUCGAGCAAAUUUACUAUAUUUUUCCUCUUGUGGUCCUCUUUCUUUUUUUUCUUUAUCUAGAUUCAUCUCCUUUUUUGUUAUCUUUACACAUCCUUCGAUAUUAUUAGAUAAUAAUCCCCCAAGUUUUCAACCGGAUACGGCCUUGCUAACACAUCAAAAGAUUGCGUAACUUCUCCUAACUCAUCCCAAAAAUAUUUCCAUUAUAGUUUUCAAUUGAAACUCUUUAGGGUGUCACUAAUAGGAUUCUCAUUCUUUUUUGAUCCAUUCACCCACCACAUAAUAAUAAUAGACAUAAUAAUUAUACACCCAACCAUGUGUGCGUGAUAUGUGACACCCGUUGGGAAAAAAUGACAGAAAAAUAUUUAAAAAUAUUUUGUUUUGCAGGUUCUCAAAUAUUGUGAGACACUUCAUGCAAGAUGGAAUUUAUUGGAAAUUCGAGCGAUUUUCUUGAGAAGAUUUUUAUUGCAAAAUGUUGCGCUGGAAUUGUUUUUGGCAACGAGAAGUUAGUUUUUUCUUUUAUUUUUUUAGUUUCAAUAAGUACUUACAUUAGAUUUUCAUUCAAUAAUUUUGCAGAAUUUAUUUUCAAUAUUUCAGCUGCAAUUAUGUUUGCAUUCAACGACGAAGAAACAGUGAAAAAAGUUGUUUAUCAAUUGCCACGUGUUGGUGUUGGUGUUAAAUAUGGAUUGCCACAAAGCAGAAAAACAUCAUUAAUGACACCAAGACAAUUAUUCAAGCAUUCAGAUAUGUGUUUGAAAUGGCAAAAGCGAGAGAUUUCGAAUUUCGAUUAUCUCAUGUUUUUGAAUACUGUAGCUGGAAGAACUUUCAAUGAUUUGAGUCAAUAUCCGGUUUUCCCGUGGAUUCUUACCAAUUAUACAUCGGACACAUUGGAUUUGAAUGUGGCUGCGAAUUUCCGUGAUUUAUCAAAACCAAUUGGCGCAUUAUCUGAGAAUCGAAGGAAGUUUUUCCAAGAAAGAUAUACAAGUUGGUCAGAUGAUCAAAUUCCUGCUUUCCAUUAUGGAACACAUUAUUCGACACCUGCAUUUACAUUAAAUUGGCUUUUAAGAAUUGAACCAUUUUCGACAAUGUUCAUCAAUUUACACGAUGGAAAAUUCGAUCAUCCGGAUAGAAUAUUGCAUAGUAUAAAAGACACUUGGGAAAGAUGUCAACGAGAUUCGCACGAUGUUAAAGAACUUAUUCCGGAGAUGUUUUAUUUGCCAGAAAUGUUUAGAAAUUCGAAUCGAUUUAAUUUGGGAAGUCGACAAGAUGGAGCACAAGUUGGAGAUAUUGUAUUACCAGCUUGGGCUGAUUCACCGGAACAAUUUAUUUUGAUGCAUAGACAGGCAUUGGAAUCUGAUCUUGUUUCUUGUCAAUUAAAUCAAUGGAUUGAUUUGAUAUUUGGAUAUAAACAAAAAGGAGCAGAAGCUGUUCGAGCUGUUAAUGUAUUUUAUCAUUUAACUUAUGAAGGAUCUGUUAAUUUGAAAGCUGUUGAAACUCCAGGGCAAAUGGAAGCAAUUGAACAACAGAUAAUGUCGUUUGGACAAACACCUUCACAAUUAUUAACUGAAGCACAUCCACCACGACAUUCUGUUAUGUCAAUGACACCAACAAUAUUCAGAAGAUUAGAUGAUGAUUUAUGUAUGAUGAUGAAAUAUAUAUCAAAUAGUCCGAUUGUUUAUCUUGCUGCUAAUACAUUUCAUCAAAUACCAAAUCCAACUGUUGUCGGAGUUGCACAAAAUCUUGUAUUCUCAUUGAAUAAAUGGGAUAAUAGUUAUAGUUAUGGAGCAAGUCAACGAAGUGCACUUGCAAUGGAUCCAUCAAAUACUGAUGGAACUGUUCAAUUACCAUUAACUGCUGAUCCACAAUUGGCCACGGCGAAUACGGCUGCGAUUCUGGCGAGAAGACAUUUGGGAGAUGCUUUUGAUCAAAGAUUGACAGUUUCUUGCACUAAUUUUGUGACAACUACUGAUUCUAAAUAUAUAUUUGCUUGCGGAUAUCCAGAUUAUAGUUUUAGAAUUGUUGAUACAGACACAGGUUAGAUUCUUUCUUUUUCGAACAAUUUUUAAUAUAAAAUAAAUUUAGGAAAAGUUCGACAAGCUGUUUAUGGACAUGGCGAUGUUGUAACCUGUAUUGCUCGAAGUGAAACAAGUCUUUUCAGUGAUUGUUAUGUUGUUACUGGAAGUAUGGAUUGUACUGUAGUUUUAUGGCAUUGGAAUGGAACGGUUGGUUUAAUUAAUUCAUUGAUUCAAAAAUAUUCUCGAUAUUUUCAGCAAGGUUAUAUUGCUGGUGAAUACAAUCAACCUGGCGAAACACCAUCUCCUCGAUCAAUUCUAACUGGCCACGAAGCUGCCAUCAGCUCACUUUGUGUUUCAGCUGAACAUGGUUUAGUGAUAAGUGGUUGCGAAGACGGAAUCAUAUUGAUUCAUACAACUGGUUCGGAUUUGCUUCGAAGAAUUCGAGGACAAGGAAUUGUGACACAAUUAUCAAUGAGUCGAGAAUGUGUUUUGCUGGCAUUGUAUGAUUCGAAACGAAUUGUGACAUAUUCGGCGACGGCGAGAUUAUUAGAUGAAUCUAUUGCUGAGGACAAGUGAGUUUUUUGAAUUUGAGACAUUUGAACAAAUUGAAAAUUUCAGAAUUGAAUGUUUGACAAUCACUCGAGAUGGUGAAUUUGCUGUGACUGGUUCAAUUAAUGGUAGAAUAUCAAUUUGGCGAGUUUUUCCACUGACGAAAUUGUAUACUUAUCAAGUGAGUUUUUUUCACGAUUUCAGGCACACUUGGCUGCGAUACUUCACAAGUAUUUUCACAAAUUCAAAAUUCACGAAAAAGUGUAGUUUUCAAUGAAAUAAAAAAAUAAAACUUUUCAAGCAAAAAUUUAUAUUGUGUUUACAAAAUAUAACUUUUAGUCUCAAAAUGAAAUUUAAGCUGAACAUGAAAAAUCUUGAAUCAACGUUAAUUUUUAAAAAUUUUGAGCCCAAACACACUUUAAGCUCUCUCAAAUGCUCCAAUUAUUUUUGAUGAAUUUGAAUAUUUAGAAUCUCACGUGGAAUUAUGAACUUUUUGGGCUCCAAAUCCACGUGGAAUGAAAAUUUUUAAGUUUCAGCUCAAAUCAAAAUAUUCAAAAAAAAAGUUGAGCUGAAAUUGAAACAUUUCGAAUCCGCGUGAAUUUCUGAAAAUGUAGCUCAAAAGCCUCUAAAUUGUUAAAUGAAACUAGAAAUUUUGGAAUCUACAUCGAAUUCCGAAGAUUUUGAGCCCAAAUUUGAGCAUUUUCAGGGUCAAUAUGCUCUACAAUUGUGAGCUUACAUUGAAAAUUCUAGAAUACCGAAUUGUUGGUCACCAAUUUUCCCCCGAUGUUUUCGCCUGAAUUUCGAUUCAAAAUUCAUUUUUUUUUCAGUCACUAAAUACGGCAGUUCGUAGUGUUUCUGUAGCCGCAUCACAUCGAUUUAUUUUGGGCGGUUUGGAUUCGGGUGCCAUAGUCGUCUACAAUGCAGAUUUCAAUCGAUGGCACUACGAGUAUAAACAUCGAUAUCAGCAACAAGCUCAACAACCACAAAAAGCAGCCACACCCAAAUAA